UCUUUGUUUGGAACAUUUGGAAAUAUUUCUUAAAACACUCCAAAUUGUUCAUGACAAAAAAUUAUUUAGUUUAGCUUUCAAAACAUUGCGUGAUAUAUACACAGUAAUAUAUAUUAUUUGGUAAUUGCAAAGGGAGGCAAAUGCCGCAUCAUGUUUGACUAAGUGCAGUUCACAUUGUGACAUCUACACUACCAAAUCUGACAUAGAUUUCUAAACAAAUGGUUGUUUGACAAUAUUAUUGAUAAAACGCCAUUAUAUAUAUAUAUAAAAUAUAAUAUUUUUUCUUACUUUUCAACGGUGUUUGAUAAUUAAUAAAGAAUUAAUCUUAAUUUUUUACAUCUGGACGUAAAAACUGUUGGUCAGACGGACCCCACUGCAAACCUAGUAGGACAGAGUCAAAAUUUACCAGUCAGGACCAUACUACUGACGGUUUUGUGAUGUCUUGUAUGAGGAAGUGACAGUUAACAUGAUGCUCAACCAGGAGUCAGCAGCAAACACACCAUACUAUCCUGUAAAACUGGUCCUGACAGUGCCUGCUGUGUACCCAGACAGUCCCCCUCAAAUAUCAAUACUGUCGGAGCAUUUGAGUAGAGAUUGUGUCAGAGAUAUCAAGGAAAAGACAUCUGAAUUUUGUAAAGAGCUGAUUGGAGAUGCCAUGUUAAUAUCAUUAAUUACUUUUGUUAGAGAGCAGUUGGAAAGUGUGCAAGAAGAUAAUGCAUUAAUAUCCCAGAACCUGGAAUGUUCAACAAAUGCAGAAACAUUAAAUAAUGUGUGGACCAGUGUUUUACAUAUAGACCAUAUGAGAUCUAAAACCAAGUACUGCAAAACUUUGGACAAAUGGAUAUCAGAGCUGGGAUUGUGUGGAAGACUGGUGUUUUGUUCAAAAAUAAUACUUCUCAUUCUUCAAGGAGAAAGGAAUACAAUUCAUGAUUUUGUAGUUCGUUUGAAGACAGCUUGUGUGGAUGUUGACUCACGGGGACACGCCUGCAAGGAGCGGAUGAUGUCAGUCCUCUGCGAAAUCCAGCUCCCUCUCACACAGACAAACAGGUUCAUGGAUUACCAGCAGUGUGAGAUGAAAAACUGUACAGAGCUGGAAGAACUACUAACUGAAGCAGGACUUACAGAGAUCUACAAGGAAUAUAUCUUAGUGUUGUUUCCAUCCUAACCUCAAAAUGAUCAUCAUUCUGUCCAAUCUUUGAAUAUUGCUCAAAUAAAACAAAAAAUAA